CUUCAGCGAAGUCGCGUUUCCUGUCAGCAGACAGUUAGUGGAGAUCAAAUUCGCUUUUUCAGAAAAAGCUGAUGGUCCUCUUGAAAUUUUGAUGGUUAUUAUUGUCUGUUUACCUCACGGGAGAACACCAGUAAUUAGCUGCUUUACAAACUAUGCUCACGACACUGUAAAAAGUGGCCAGAUGUGUUAGGCUGUCCAGGUGAAAAUGAACAUGCAUGGUGCCAGUGGAGGCUGUGACCGAUCCAGGGAUCGACGUCGUUCCAGCGAUCGCUCUCGGGACUCCUCACACGAGCGUGGAGAAGGCCAGCUCACACCCUGUAUUCGCAACGUGACCUCACCCACACGCCAACACAACAGUGAUCGCGAGGGCGGCUCAUCUCGGCCCAGCAGCCCCAGGCCUCAGAGAAUCUCUCCCAGCAGCAGCAGCAGUGGGGUGGCCAGCAGCCGCAACAGUAGCUUGUCCAGCUCGGAGGGCACAUACAAGAGCAUGGUCCCCGGUGAGAUGGUCUUCGUCUACGAGAAUGUCAAAGAUGGAGCCCGCAGCAUCCGCACAUCAGAGAAGGUCACACUUAUUGUGGACAACACUCGCUUCGUGGUGGACUCCUCGAUUUUCACAGCACAGCCCAACACCAUGCUGGGCAGAAUGUUUGGAUCUGGACGGGAACACAAUUUCACCCGGCCCAAUGAGAAAGGAGAAUAUGAGGUGGCAGAGGGCAUCAGCUCCACUGUGUUUAGAGCCAUUCUGACAGGAUACGUCAUCAAUGCGUUCACGUACGCUAUGCAGACAGAGCGAGAAUGGCAGGCAAACAUCAACAACCCGAUCUUCCUUCCUGGAGGCGUGGCUUUGGACGGCGAUUUGCAGGGAGGGCAGGACGUCCGCUUUCAGUGCUAUCAGACUAAAGAUUACUAUAAAUCUGGGAUAAUCCGUUGUCCUGAUGGAAUCUCCAUUCCAGAGCUGAGGGAAGCGUGCGACUAUCUGUGCAUCUCUUUUGACUAUAGUACUAUCAAGUGCCGAGACCUGAGUGCCCUGAUGCAUGAACUGUCCAAUGACGGCGCUCGGCGGCAGUUUGAGUUCUAUCUGGAGGAGAUGGUGCUUCCUCUGAUGGUGGCAAGCGCUCAGAGCGGAGAGAGGGAGUGUCACAUAGUUGUGCUCACAGAUGAUGAUGUAGUGGACUGGGAUGAGGAGUACCCACCUCAGAUGGGAGAGGAGUAUUCACAAAUUAUCUACAGUACAAAACUGUAUCGUUUCUUCAAGUACAUUGAAAACCGUGAUGUAGCCAAAUCAGUUUUAAAAGAGCGAGGACUGAAGAAAAUUAGACUGGGUAUCGAAGGUUAUCCAACAUACAAAGAGAAAGUGAAAAAGCGCCCUGGUGGCCGGCCUGAAGUCAUCUACAACUACGUCCAAAGACCCUUCAUCCGCAUGUCCUGGGAGAAGGAGGAAGGCAAGAGUCGACACGUGGACUUCCAGUGCGUGAAGAGCAAGUCCAUCACGAACCUGGCAGCAGCCGCGGCAGACAUUCCCCAGGACCAGCUUGUGGUGAUGAAUCCUGGACCACAAGUGGAUGAACUGGACAUUCUUCCCAACCAACCUCCCCCCGGCCACCACUACAGCAACAACUUCAACAACGAGCCUGACCCCGACGCCCCCUCACCUGCCGUCUGAGAGCAGAUGCCCCUUCACAGCAUGCUGCAGCAUGAACCAGAGUGACACUAUAACCAGAUUGCCUUCUGCACCUCCUCCACAGCCUUAGAGCCUCAACUGUCUAGUUACUGUAUUUAAAAAGAAAAAGAAAAAAAAAGGAAAAAAAAACAACAACAUCAUGGACUUGGGAUACUGGCAUGGGCAGUGCUCUCCUGUUCCGUCUUCGCUGUUCUCUUUUUUUACUUGACCAAAGGAAAUUUAUUUUUGUUUGUUUGAAAUGAAGUUAUCAACCUCACUUCUUUUGUAAUUGGGCCUGUUAUAUGAUUAUAAUUAUUACUAUUGUUCUUUUCCAUUUUACUAUAUUAUUAGUGCAAUGAGUUGAAUUAUUAUAAUUUUGAAGUUCUUUACACUUGAUGCAUUUGGGUUUGGUGCCACUUCUUCUUUUGCAAAGCUCUCCCCUUGAUCUCCUCAAACCCCUGUGUCUCCACAGGAGGUCCAUUUGCCUGGUGAAUGAAUGCAGUGUUUUUCUUAGAUCGACCUUAAUUUAUCUGCUCAAUAGCUGUCUGUUCAAGCGCUUGAAAAUCAUUGUAUUAAUAAAGAUAUAUAAUGUAAUGUA